AUGUUUUCCCUCAGGCCUCCCAAGGCCACCUUCCGGUCCUACCUUUUGCCUCAGGUAGAAGAGAAAGUAACCCCAGAACCCAGGCUAAAGAAGUUGGAACCGGUGCUGUUGCCAGGUGAAAUUGUGGUCAAUGAAGUGAAUUUCGUGAGGAAAUGCAUCGCAACCGACACAAGCCAGUAUGACCUAUGGGGGAAACUGGUUUGCAGUAACUUCAAGAUAUCCUUCAUUACGGAUGAUCCGAUGCCGCUUCAGAAAUUCCAUUACAGGAAUCUUCUCCUGGGAGAACAUGACGUUGCACUGACAUGCAUCGAGCAGAUAGUCACAGUAAACGACACAAAGAGGAAGCAGAAAGUCCUGGGCCCCAACCAAAAACUGAAAUUUAAUCCGACAGAGUUAAUCAUCUACUGCAAAGACUUUCGGAUCGUCCGGUUUCGUUUCGAUGAAGCGGGACCAGAAAGUGCAAAAAAGGUGUGUCUUGCGAUAGCUCAUUACUCCCAGCCGGCAGAUCUCCAGCUCCUCUUUGCCUUUGAGUACGUGGGAAAGAAAUAUCACAAUCCAGCAAAAAAGGUGAAUGGAAUAGACCCUGGGGGAGGAGGUGGUGGUGGCGGCGGCGGCAGCCAGCAGACCCCUUUGUUUGAAACGUACUCAGACUGGGACCGAGAAAUCAAGAGAACCGGGGCCUCCGAGUGGCGCGUGUGUUCGGUCAAUGAAGGCUACAUGAUAUCGACCUGUCUUCCAGAAUACUUUGUAGUGCCGUCGUCCCUGGCAGAUCAAGACCUAAAGCACUACUCCCAUGCUUUCACUGGAAGGCGGAUGCCAAUGUGGUGCUGGAACCAUUCCAAUGGAAGUGCUCUCGUGAGAAUGGCCAACAUUAAGGAUCCUUCGCAGCAGCGAAAAAUCGACCAGCGGAUUUGUAACGCGAUCACCAGAAGCCAUCCGCAGAGGAGCGACGUUUACAGGUCCGAUCUGGACAAGAGCCUGCCCGCCAUCCAAGACGUCCAGGCUUCUUUUCUCAAGCUCAAGCAGUUGUGUGUGAAUGAUCCUUUUGAAGAAACGGAGGAGAAGUGGUUAUCCUCGUUGGAAAAUUCACGUUGGCUGGAGUACGUGAGACUGUUCCUCAAGCAUUCGGCAGAACUCGUCUAUAUGCUGGACAGCAAGCAUGUUUCUGUAGUUCUGCAAGAGGAAGAAGGGCGAGACCUGAGCUGCUGCGUGGCUUCCCUCGUUCAAGUGAUGUUGGAUCCCUUUUUCCGGACCAUCGCCGGAUUCCAGAGCCUGAUCCAGAAGGAGUGGGUCAUGGCAGGAUACCCAUUUCUAGACAGGUGUAACCACCUGAAGAAAUCUGACAAAGAGUCUCCCUUGUUCCUGAUGUUCCUGGACUGCGUUUGGCAACUCCUGGAGCAGUACCCGUCAGCCUUUGAAUUUUCUGAAGCUUACUUGACGAUAUUGUACGACAGCACCCGCAUCUCGCUGUUCGGCACUUUCCUCUUCAACUCUCCGCACCAGAGAGUAAAGCAAAGCACGGAAUUCGCCAUCAGCAAAAACAUCCAACUGGGAGACGAGAAAGGCCUGAAGUUCCCUUCGGUGUGGGACUGGUCCCUCCAGCACACCCCGCGGGAUCGCCUGCUCUUCCACAAUCCCUUGUACAUUGGAAAAAGCACUCCGUGCGUCCACAACGGAGCCGUGAAAUCCUUUAAGCGGACCAAGAAGAAUUACAGUUCUACCCUGCGAGGCCUUCCCCCGUCCUUAAAGAACGGGAUCAUCAGCGAGCAAGACUUUCUUCCGAGAAGAAACUCCCUAAUCCUAAAACUGAAACCAGAUUUCCUUCAACAUACGGACAGUGGUGCCCACGGCACGGAGCAGUAUUUCCGGGAGUGGUUUUCCAGGCCUGCCGACCUGCACGGCGUCAUUCUGCCCCGCCUCUCCGGGACGCAAGUCAAACUCUGGAAACUCUGUUACUUCCGCUGGGUUCCCGAGGCCCAGAUCGCCAGCGGCGGCUUCAUCACCGCCUUUCACAAAAUCUCCCUGUUGGCAGACGAAGUGGACAUGCUGAAUCGGAGCCUGCGGCAACACAGCGGCGGCCUGCCGUCGCUGGCGAACAAUUCCGAGCCAGAUCAGAGCCGGAUGUAUUUUAGAGCAAACGGGCCGAACGAUGCCUCGGCCAGCCCGGAAUUCCUCUCUUCCUCUUUCCCGUUCUCUCCCGUGGGGAACCUCUGCCGAAGGAGCAUUCUGGGGACGCCACUGAGCAAAUUCUUAAGCGGCGCCAAAAUCUGGUUGUCUACUGAGACGCUUGCCAAUGAGGACUAGCCUCUUUAUAGCACGGAGGAGGAGACAAAGACUGGCGCUUCUUAGCCGUGCAACACAGCCCUGC